AUGUCUUCGAAUGCAACAUUUUGGCCAGGAGUUCAUUUCAAUCAAUCCUAUAUAGACUUUCAAUACAAUUGGAAUCAUUUCAGUACUUAUCUUGCAAUAAUUCCAUGGUUUUAUAUGCUUCCUAGUUUCGUAAUUAUAUGUAAAAUAUUAAAAUUUUACAAAAAUUCGGAAGUGGCAAGUAUAGCUAUGAAGAUUGAUCGUAAUGUUUUGUUUGUGAUUUCGUUGUCACAAUUGAUCUGUUUUUGCCUUUUCUUUUUUGAUUUUCUGAUGGUAAGACUACCUGCAACUGGUAUAAUUUCAUCGUUUUGUGCAAGUAUUGCCCCCAAUCAUUGGCUUAAACUUAUUUUAUUCCUGGCGUUGUAUUUUACAUAUUUGGCAAUGGCUUUUCCUUUUCUAGUGCCUGUUGUUCCCAUUCUAAUUGUUCUAUUUCCCAACACACAUAACUCGAUAAACACCAAGAUUAUUCACAUCGGAGUACCCAUUCUAUUUUUAUAUCCAAUUUGUUUUACUUUUUAUUUUAUCCCUGCUCUUGGAAUAUGCAGACAAUUUACGUUCCCUUUCCCAUUUGGAUCUGUUUAUAUUUAUCACUAUCAGUCAGCUUUUGGGCUCAAAAACUCAUUUUUCCAUCUUUACAAUAUUUUGUUCUGGAUGACAGUUUCUAUUGGAGCAAAUGUAAUUUUAUUCUGUAGAGUUGUGAAGGCGAAAUCUCAAUUAAUGAAUAAAAGCAAAACUUCAUAUAGAGCAGAAUUUUCAAUAACUAUCACUACAAUAUCAAUGGUUGCUUCGUAUGUUAUCAAUGGAACUUUUUUGAUUGCUUAUAUUUCGUUUUCUGGAACUAAUUCCUAUAUAUCUUAUGCUGAAGUAGUUCGUCCAUUUGGUAAUGAUAUUCAAGCAUGUGUAGUUACGUGGCUAUUCUACUUAACUCAUCCUGCAUUCAGAAAUUCUACAAACUCGGUGGAUACUGUAUUUUCAACAAGUUCGCAAAGAAGAACUCAGAGAACUGUAUCAUAA